CAAUACUGCCAACAUUAGAUCCCGCCGCGACGCAAAUUUUUGUUCAUCAACAGUAACAAAUUAAUUAUUUCUUUAAUAAAUAUUCAUUCUAAAAUGACCGAUAUUUACAAGAGAUAUGAAAAAUCACUGGGCUUAUUAACUAUAAGAUUUGUGUCACUGCUGCAAAAGGCUAAAGACGGUGUUUUAGAUUUAAAAUUCGCUACUGACUUGCUCGCUGUGAGACAAAAGAGGCGAAUAUACGACAUAACCAAUGUGUUAGAAGGCAUUGGGCUGAUAGAAAAGAAGAGUAAAAAUAGCAUUCAAUGGAAAGGUGCAGGUCCUGAUGGUAAUGCAUCAAGUAUAACUGAAAAAGUGACAUUGCUCCGAAAGCAGAUAGGCCGUCUAGAGGAACAUGAGCAAUUAUUAGACAAGCAAUUACAUUGGAUUGAACAGAGCAUCAAAAAUGUAACGGACGACAUUGACAAUCAGGCGAAGAUGUAUGUGAACCCAGAAGAAGUUAAAGACUGCUUCGAAGACAGUCAAGUGCUUGUUAUUGAGGCACCGUUUGGCACAGACUUGGCGGCUAGCGCAUUGCCUGGUAAAGCAUUGGGUGCAGAUCCGCAGUAUCUUCUUCACAUGAAGGCAGCAAACCCAAUUGGUGUUAUAUUGUUAUGUGACAAAGAGGAUGCUAAGACAAUAGAUGAAGAUAUGGAUAGUGAAGUGGAAAGGCUCUCAGAAUCUAGAGUUAUGAUGGAGAAUGACAAUUAUUUGCUACGGUUAAGUCCACCGCCUACCAAAAGCGACUUCUCCUUUUCACUGCGCGACUCAGAAGGAUUAUGUGAUUUAUUCGAUAUACCGUGUUAAGCAUUGUUGGAUUUUUUAUACUUU